AUCCGAUGUGGAUUAUAUAUAAAUAUCCUGCAGAGAUAAAUUGAGAUAGAUUUAUAUCAUUCUGUUAAAAUUCCGGAUGGGAAAACAGCUAAGUGAAAUCUUUUGUAAUUGCUGUUUAACUUUACCAAAUUUUGAAGGCUUUAUUUCAAAAAUAAUAAUUUAAAAAAAAAAAAAACUGUGAAAUCUAUAUAUAAAAACCACCUAUCACUAUUUUAACUCUCAAAAACAUUCUCAAUUUUAUCAAAAUCUACUUUUGUUUCAUAGUCCUGGUUCUCAAAAAUGAGAGCUCCAAAAAUGGUUUUGCUGUUUGUUAUUUCUGUCAUGGUUUGCAUGGCUGAAGCAGAAGAAUUUGCGGACACAAUCAAAUUGGAUACCGGUGGGUUGAGCAGAGCCAAAUUUCCGCAGGGUUUUGUAUUCGGAACGGCGACGUCUGCUUAUCAAGUCGAAGGAAUGACCAACAAAUAUGGUCGAGGGCCGUGCAUUUGGGAUCCAUUCGUCAAACUUCCGGGAAGUAUUGCAGAUAAUGAUACGGCAGAUGUCACAGUGGAUCAGUAUCAUCGCUAUAAAGAAGAUAUUGAUCUCAUGACAAAACUGAAGUUUGAUGCCUAUCGCUUCUCAAUUUCAUGGUCCAGAAUCUUCCCAGAGGGUACUGGAAGAGUAAAUUGGGAAGGAGUUGCCUACUACAAUAGGUUGAUUGACUAUAUGAUCGAAAAAGGCAUUACUCCAUAUGCAAAUCUAUAUCAUUAUGAUCUUCCUUUAACACUUCAGGAGAAGUACUUGGGAUUUUUAAGUGACCAAAUAGUAAAUGAUUACGCUGACUAUGCAGAGUUUUGUUUCAAUAUGUUUGGAGAUCGAGUGAAGAACUGGUUUACAUUCAAUGAACCCAGAAUAAUAGCUGCCCUAGGGUUUGAUAGUGGAAUAAAUCCUCCAUCAAGGUGUUCCAAAGCUAUUGGAAACUGCACAGCUGGGAAUUCAGGAACUGAGCCUUAUAUUGCUGCACAUAACUUGAUUUUAUCACAUGCAGCUGCUGCUCAGAGAUAUCAUGAAAAGUAUCAAAAAACACAAAAGGGAAGGAUUGGAAUUCUUUUAGAUUUUGUAUGGUACGAGCCUCUGACCCGAUCUAAGGACGACAACUAUGCAGCACAAAGAGCAAGAGACUUUCAUCUUGGAUGGUUCCUUAACCCCAUCAUGUACGGAGAAUAUCCAAGAACAAUGCAAGAAAUAGUUGGUGAUAGACUUCCUAAAUUCACUGAAGAGCAAGUUAAGAUUGUUAAAGGCUCAGCUGAUCUUUUUGGUGUUAACUUGUAUACUGCUUUCUAUAUGUAUGAUCCACAUUAUCAAUCUACAUCAAAGGUCUUUUCCUACCAACAGGAUUGGAAUGUAGGGUUUGCUUAUGACAAAAAUGGAGUUCCUAUAGGUCAACGGGCGAAUUCGUUUUGGCUUUACAAUGUACCAUGGGGUAUGUACAAAGCUCUAACAUACAUAAAAGAGCGUUAUGGAAAUCCUACUAUAUUUGUGUCGGAAAAUGGCAUGGAUGAUCCGGGUAAUGUGACACUUCCCGAAGGACUAUAUGAUACAACAAGGAUCAAUUACUACAAGGGUUAUAUUAGUGAAUUGAAGAAGGCAAUGGAUGAUGGAGUAAAUGUUAUUGGCUAUUUUGCAUGGUCAAUUCUAGACAAUUUUGAAUGGAGGUCAGGAUACACUUCAAGGUUUGGCAUUGUAUAUAUUGAUUGGAAGAACAAUCUCAAAAGGAUUCCAAAAUUAUCUGCCUAUUGGUUCAGGCAAAUAUUAGGCAACUACUGAUUCUUGUUUAGGAGUUAUUAUCAGGGAAAUUUUAUGCACUUUUAAUGUUUUGGGAGUACUUUCUGCAUCUCAAUGUUUUAAUAUUAGUGUUUAUCAGUUUACUUUUUCUAGUUUGUUAAAAGCUGCUGGACUCAGUGAAUCCGAUCCGCCAUCUAUAUCUUUGAAAUUUUUUUGUUUGUGA